AUGUCGACAAACAGCACAGGGGCUGGUCGCCGCUUCAAGGAGUGCACCGAAGUCUCGGGCCUCUGUCCCGUUGACAUGACGGUUCUUUCCUAUUACCCAAACCUUGGUGCCAACAUCUUUUUCGCGGUGGCCUUUGGUCUUGUCGUAUUGACAUCAGCCUUCCUCGGCAUACGGAAGCGAACCUGGUCUUUCAUGGCACUCGUCACGGGCGGUUGUGUCCUGGAAACAGUCGGCUACGUCGGUCGUGUGCUCCUCCACGAGAACCCCUGGAACAAGGACGCCUUCCAGAUGCAAAUCUGCACCAUCAUCCUCGGCCCGACCUUCAUCUGCGCAGGAAUCUACCUCAUCCUCAAGCACGUCUCCGCAAACCUCAACCCAGCCCUCUCACGAAUCCGGCCCCACCUCUAUCCGCUCAUCUUCCUCCCGGCCGAUCUGACUUGCCUCGUGAUCCAGGCGAUUGGAGGAGGGCUGGCCGCCGCCGCAGGGCAGACGAACAAGUCUCUGCUGGACGGUGGCAACCGCGCCAUCAUCGCGGGCAUCGUUCUGCAGGUUGUGGUGUUGAUGGCUUUUGGUGCUGCCGGCGCAGACUACUUCAUUCGCGUGAGGAGAUGGGCGCGGGACCCUGACACGGAUCCCUCGGAGCUCACGCUCUGGAACCAGAAGAAGUUUAGGAUGUUCAUCUUCAGCAUCAUCGGGGCAUACGCCUGCGUCAUGAUUCGUUGCAUCUACCGUAUCGCUGAGAUGGCAGGCGGAUGGGGCAACCACAUCAUGCAAGACGAGAUCUCGUUCAUGAUCCUCGACGGCGGACUCGUCCUCGUUUGCGUGUCCCUGUUGACGAUCUUCCACCCUGGUGUCUUCUUCCCGGCGAUGGCCAACGCGCGCAAGGUUGAGGUGAGCGAGAAGAGCCAAACUACCACAACGACGCCGGAAGGCACAAAGGUUGAAUCCGGACGAGAGUCGGCAUGA